AUGAGCAGCAGCACCGGCAACAAGGACUUCCGCGACCAGUUGGGCAAGUUCCGCCUCGACUCCAAUAAUCCCCCGUCCCUGCCCUCGUCCUGGUCGCAACUGCCGGCCCCCGCCUCCCCCCUCGACUCCAGCCCCGCGCGCAGCAAGCGCGUGUCUACGGCCUGCGAUUUCUGUCGCAAGCGCAAGAAGAAAUGUGACUUCCGCUAUCCCAACUGCUCCGCCUGCACGCGUGCCGGCGUGCGCUGCACCAUCCCGCCGCCGGGCCCGCAAGUCGCCAACACCUCCGUGCCGCGCGAUCAGCUGGAGAACCUGCAGAAGCGAGUGCAAUGGCUGGAGGAGAUCGUGCGCCGCAAGUCGGGCAUCUCGGUGGCCGACCUGGCCACGGGCACUCCCGUCGAUGGUGAGGGAGACCCGGACUGGUGGUACCAGGUGCCGGCAAUGAUCGCGACGGGCAGUCGUGCGCCGGCAUCGAUUCCCAGUCCUGCCGGCAGUAGUGACUCGCCUGCGCCGGCUGGUCCGACGGGGUCCGAGGCGUCGACCGGGGUGGGCACCGAACUCCCCAACGUCGGGGAGAUUUUUCGCGAUCAAUUAGAACAUCGUCGCCCGUCCGUCGCGCGCCCCACAUCCGCCCCGCGAGUCCUGCGUCUGUCGUCGUUGGAGGAAGCAGAGCAGGUGGCCGGCCAGUAUUUCGACAGCAUAGGGUAUCAGUACCCAUUUUUAUCCCGCUUGGACUUUAUGGAACAUUUGCGCCACAUCUAUAGCGGCGGAUUGCCAUCGUCCGAGGUGCACAAUGCCUACCACAUCACCAUGGCCAUUGCGCUGCUGAUCGGGUCUGCAGACUCGGCUAAGCCUGCGGAGUUUUACCACGCUAGCCAGGAGACUCUGCCGCUAGCGCUGCAGAAUGAAGACCUACCAGCGGUCCGGGCCUUGCUGGGGUUGGCGCUAUAUACGUCCUUUGCGACCGCGGGCCCAAGUAUCUGGCAUGUGUUGGGAACGGCCCUACGACUGGCCACGAGCCUAGGCCUGCACAAGGACCGGUCGUAUCCGACCAUGGAGGAAGAAGAAAUGGCCAAACGGGCCUUCUGGAGCCUCUACAAUCUCGAUCGGCUGAUCGCCAGCACUCUGGGUCGACCCUUGGGAAUUGCAGACGAAGAUAUCAGUGUGAGUCUCCCGCGAGAGCUCAAUGACGAUGGCACCGAAGUGCCCGGGGCCAGCGCCAUGACCAUUCCGGUGCAGGUGAUACGCUUGCGCCGCAUCUUUUCGCGCAUCUACCGAUACUUAUACAGCAGUCGGCCGCAGCCACCUCCACGCGAAGUCGCGGCCACCCUCAGCCAAUUCCGCCGGGAGGUGGAUGACUGGCGCAUGUCUGCCCCAGUGUUCCCAUCGGCGCUCCUGUAUUCCACUUCGUACUACGAUUAUCUGUACUAUACGACCCUGCUGCUGAUGUAUCGCCCGAGCCAGCACAAUCCGACCCCCGACACGACCAGUAUUAUCAGCUGCGGGGACUCCAGCAUCCAAGUCAUUCGGUCCUACUGGGACAGCUAUUCGGUCGGCAAGCUCAAGUGGAUCUGGUUGACCUUGAGCCAAGUGUAUUUUGCGGGCAUCACCAUCCUGUGGUGUCUGGAGCAGAAUGCGCGUGCAUUGCGGGAGGCUCGACCUGCCCCCUGGCACCCGGACGAACAGAUGAUGCGCCGGGCCACCCAGGCGGUGGUUGUGCUGCUGGAGGAGUUUGGCAAGCGGCGACCAGGGGUCGAUCGGUUGGCAGAGACCUUCCGGCAUCAGAGCACGACGAUUUUCAGCCAGAUGGCCUACCAACAACAGCAAAUGGAGCCAAAUCAGCUGGUUCCGCCGCCACCAGCUCCCGGUCCGCCCCAACCUCCCAUCUCUCUGGCCGCGCCGCCACCUCCCCCAGUCCCCUUGGCGCCAAUUCUCGAUGAUGUCCUGCUUGUAGAUGGCAGUGGGACUGUACCAAUGAUCGAUCCACAGAUGGCGGAGCAGCUGUCCUACUCUUACAAUUGGUUUCAGGAGGAGAUGGCUUCGUACUAUACCCUUUGA